AUGGCCCAGUGGGACAGUGAGCUGGGGCCACAGGUGCUUGGGACCCCCAAGCAGGAGUGCCAGAUCUGCUACAGCCGCUACGACGCCCACACCCGCAGACCGAAACUGCUGCCCUGCAGCCACCGCCUCUGCGCCAGGUGCCUGCACAGGAUGGUGGCUCUGGGGGACGCGUCGCCCCGCCAGCUCCGCUGCCCCUUCUGCCGCCGGCAGAGCCCGGUGCCCGGCGGGGAGGUGCAGCAGCUGCAGGACGAUGGCCAGAUGCUGGCGCUGGUGACCAGCCACCAGCAGGCCACGAAGCAGGGUGCCCCCCGGUCCCCUGAGGUCCUCCUCUGCCCCAGUGUGCUGGAGCCUGCAUCUGGCCCCGACUGCCUGGUUGUCACCAUCCUGGAGGUGCCAGAGGAUGUGUCCCCGCCUGAGGGCCUGGGCGGGCUGGAGGUGGUGGGGCUCUACCGCCCCACCAGCCUGGGCUCGCUGCCCUGCCACGGCCCUGGGCAGAAGUGCCGCUCCUGGGGGAGGCGAACUGCUCCCCGCUGCAUCCUCGGUGUCCUUGGCCUUCUCUACUUCAGCUCCCUGCCCUUCGGCAUCUACCUCCUGCUCAUCGAGCACCACGGCCUGGGCAUCGUCCUAAUCAGCCUCGUGCCCUCCACCCUCCUCCUCUGCAUUGUCUACAGCCUCUGUCAGUGUGUGUGCCGGGAGGUCUUCAGGUUCUCCCACUCCUGACCCUGGACAACUGAGCCCUGUGACCAGGGAGGCUUUGGGCACCUUGGAGUGUUGCCCCUUGGGGUGCAGGUGUUCCCUGCCCCACAGGGUGCCAAUGUGCCUGGACCAGGGUGCUCAGCGCCCGCUGCCUUUCCUUGCAGAACAGCGCGGGCUUUGCCAAGCAGGAGCCCAGGCCAGAGCAGCUGCAGGAGUUCAUUGCAGCCUACAAGCAUUCAGGCCAGACCCUCAUCUUCUCAUCCUCCUCCUUGCCCUCCUUCUCCUGUACAGCAAAGAAUUGAAGCUGGGCCAAGAGCAAAGCAGCAGCCGGGCAACAAACCCCAACUAGGGAAGGGUGAGUGGUCAGCGCCUGGCACCGCAGCUGGAGGGGCCCCGGCUGCAGCCCAGCACCAGCAGAAGGGCGGGCAGAGCCCAGGGCUCCUGUGGCCGGGCCGGCACCAGCACAGCUCCGUGUCCAUAGUGUAAAUAGUUGUGUCCGUGGCGCCCGCGCUGCUGGCGGGGCUGCUCCCAUCGCAUCCGUGUUUCACUCCCACAUGUGUGAGUCCCGUGUUGGCCGCCGCUGUGUACCAUAGAGGGGAGGAGCAGGGAAGAGGAGUUUCUUCGGUGUGUAAAGGCGUCUUUGCAGCUGUUUUGUAGUCGUUGUGGUUUUUAUGCCGAGCCUCUGGGCUUUGUUUAACCUCCUUGGGUUUUGUUUUGUAAGGAUUAAUUUAACACCGCUAACCAUUUUAUUACUUUUACCAAGAGCAAAGUCUACUUUUGAUUUCUGUUUCCUGGUUCUUAGGAACAUUAAAACCAGCAUACAGCUCUG